AUGCAAACAGCCGUUGCCCAGGCCUUGCGCACGCACACGGUCCAAGAAAUUAUUCUCAUGCUGGAAGAUAUCCAACCCGCACCUCGUAAUUGCAGACACAAACGGGACAAUUUGCUGAACUAUGUUUCCACCUUGCCUCCUGCGUUAUUCCAACGAGUCUUACAAGCUACAACAAAUCGAGGCUCCAAGCGCGUGCGCAACGACGACGCGUCAAAUCGUCCCCGAAAACGACGAAAACUGGAAGUCAAGAAGCCUAUCGAUGCCCCACAAAUGGUCCAUGGCGGCGACUUACUGGAACUCAUCAACGGCCCAUUCCUACAGCGCGUUGACGAUGAAACUGUGCGAAACUGCAUUUCUCGUGUAAUAGACGCCACGGGGAACGAGGCAAUCAAAAAAGGAGUCUGUUUCGUCUGUGCUCGAAGACUUUUUCAGAAGGAACUCAUCACCUGCGAACCUGAAAAGAUCCCAAACCCUAAAUGCCUACAACCUACUCACCCCCAUGCCUCCCAGAAAUUAUACAACGGCAUGUUACUCCACGCCCCACCACUUCGACGCCCGCCUCCUCAUUUCAUUUGUCGUCAAUGCUGGUCAAAGUUGGCAAUAUGCAUAACCCCUCCAUUAUCUCUCGCUAACAACAUGUGGAUCGGCGAAGUGCCUUUCGAAUUGUCAAUCUUAACGCUACCAGAACGGCUUCUCGUUGGACUGUACUUCCCCGUGGCAUACAUUGUCAAACUUUUUCCAAAACGCAACCGUGAUACCAACCCCGACCACAUGAAAAGCGGCCUACGAGGCAACGUUUCAAGCUACCAUUUGGAUUCUAGCGCUAUCGCCGACAUGGUGACAGGAAAUCUUAUGCCUCGGCCUAUUGGCCUAUUGGCAUCUGUGUUAUCAGUCACAUUCGUCGGGGCAAAAAACGUACCACUCUCGUCGCUUCCCGAUCUCUUCAAAGUUCAACGCCACAGAGUCAAAGCUAACAACCCCUUGUACGCCAACAUCAACAUUUCCAAAGAACGUUUACUAGAACUACCUGAAAAUGACGUUCCUGAAGAACUCACGACAACUGUGAGGUGUUCUGAAGACCCAUCCAUCCCUCUUCGCGAACACGCGGGUUAUGCUCCCAUGGAUGCUUCCGACGACGUAGAUGACAAUGUGGCGGAAGCCGAAGAACGGGACUUUCAACAAAGAACAGACUUAUUGCCAGUUGACGCUUUACGUGACGAUGGCGCGGUUGAAACAGAGGAGUACCCACCGGCCGUUUUCCCGCUGCAACCUCACGGAGCUAUCGACAUUUCUGGUGACGCCGUCACAGACCAAGAUCUGUUCCGAGAGGCCACGCGUAACUUCGCGCCCUCAUCAAAUACCAAGGAUUAUGCAGUUCGUCCUGGAAGCACUUUUGUAAACGAAUACCCACGAGAAGACGCUGGCCAAAGAACGGACGGCGGUCCCUCGAACGCUAAUCACCUUUUGGCUGAUCCUAUUGCCCAAGUUUUGGCCGGCGCAGACAUCGAUUUGGACCAUUUUGUGGCAAGUUUGGGCCCAAACAGCGAGACUCGCAGUACUCGAAUUGCUGCAGACCCUUUCGCUUCAGCAGAAUAUUUUCAUCUCUUUGUGAAAGUCAUUCUUGAAGAGUUGUUCGGUAUCAAAGUCAACACUCUUGGUACUAUUCAACGUUCUUGUGGCGUCAUAGGCUAUGUGAACGGAUACAUUGGCACUGUAGAAGCCCAAGCAAGAGGAUCCCUACAUUUACACCUUCUUCUUUGGCUUCGAGGAGCUCCCACUGCAAUCGUCAUGCGCAACGCCUUGCUAUCCGAAUCUUUUCGCGUGAAGAUGGCCAACUUCAUCGCGAAAAAUAUCCGUGCACACAUCCCCAACACAACUGGCGAAAUGCUGUUGUCCCUACCUGUAAAACCCAACAUUUCUUUCUCAAGACCGGUAGACCCGCGUACCGUAGGCUAUGAGACUCGGUCAGCGGAGGCUGAAUCACGCAUUGCUCGUGCUGUUCAAACUCAUGACUGCGAUGUCAAUAGAUGUCUCAAAGUCAAAAAUGGGCGUUUAGUUUGCAAGAGGAGAGCUCCUUGGCGCACGGCUGACAACGACUGGGUUACUGAAACAGGAGAUUGGGGACCAAAACGACUUUAUGCCAAAAUCAACGCCUGGAACCCUCCGUUGCUCCAAGUCACGCGCGCCAAUAACGACUUCAAGUUGAUUACCAACGGCGCAGAAACAAAAGAUAUCACUUUUUAUAUCACGCUUUACAUCGCAAAACGCCAGAUCCAAACCGCCAAUGCCUCCGCGUUGAUGGCUAAAGCCCUCGAGUUUCAAGAAAAGCUAUCCGCACGACAGAAGCGUAAUUUGGACAAAAACAAACGCCUUCUACAGUCUUGCUCCAACAUUCUUACUCGCCAACAAGAAUUCAGCGGCCCCGAGGUGGUCAGCUACCUGAUGGGCUGGGGAGAUCGAUUCAUCUCGCACAGCUAUGUCACAAUCUACUGGGAUCGAAUAACAGCACAAUUACGUCGGUUUUUCCCCUACCUUGGCACCAUAACGAACGACCAUGAAUUCCGUUCUACAAUGACUACAGAAAAUGUCGACGACUACACGGGAGGGAGGAUUUCUCUUACACGGGACUCAGAUGGUGUUAUAGUGUUAAAAGACCAACUGAAAGAGUAUGAAGACCGCGGCGAUGCUCUUGCAAACAUGAAUUUUUAUGACUAUUUCACGCUCACGUACGAUGGCAAGAUGACCCUCAAUGAUGUGGCUCAGGAAAAUGACCCUACUGCCGAUGGAAUGGAGGUCGAUGCUGAGUCGGAAGAUACGUGCACACAAGUCUUACCAGAACACACAACCCUUGUUUCCUCUGAUAUACCCGUGGCUCCUCGUAAGCGCGGUCGACCUCGCAGCAUUCGAGUGCCAUAUCGUAAAGGCACCAAAAGGGAAGGUCACUGUCGUGUGCUCAGAGGCAAAGGUCAAGAGAUCAACCUCCAUUUCAUUGGACAAUGGUUUCCCAAACAAGAGCUAACAGGUGCUGCAGGGGAAUAUUACAGUGCUCAGAUGCUGUUGCUAUUUCAACCGUGGCGUAGUCUGCAUGACCUUGCCAACGGGCAAACUUCCUUUUGCACUGCGUUUCAACUAUUUCAACAGCAAGCCACCCCUGAACAAUUGAGAAUUAUCACCAAUAUCCAAUAUUUCCACGAAUGUACACAAGCAUCUCGAAGACGGGAAGAAACCGAACAACAAAGCGUGGUCAAAGAGAAGAAGACCACUGUUGAUCAUGACGCGAUGAUUGGCGUGCUGCCUACAACAUCAGCAUCUAAAGAGCCGAGUGAGGAGGAAAUAGCAUACGCUCGCGAAAAUCGCCAGGGCUUGCGAGAACGCAUGUUCGGACAACAAGCUGUGGACAUCGCGUUUGGUCAAGGCAUCUUUGCUCACGAAUAUAAAAGCUCUCGCAGCCUCCUACCACCUGCCAAGCAAGCCACGAUAGAUGAUAUGGCGAAGUUUCAUGCCUGGGGCAAAAAAAUUGCCGCAUAUACGAAAAAGCCCACAAUUCGUUGA